CAGCAAGUACUCCAUCGAUCACACACCAAAAAUAUACUAGCUCACACGCCGGCGACGAAGGAGAAGAGAAGAUCGAGAUGGCCAAGCCAACCGCCGGCCCGGUCACCGGCCUCCCCGUCGGCUCCGCCGCGUGGUCCUCCGGCCUCUGCGACUGCUUCGACGACUGCGGCCUCUGUUGCCUGACGUGCUGGUGCCCGUGCAUCACGUUCGGGAGGGUGGCGGAGAUGGUGGACAGGGGGUCGUCGUCGUGCGGCUCGAGCGGGGCGCUGUACGGGCUGCUGUGCGCGCUCACGGGGUGCCAGUGGAUCUACUCCUGCACCUACCGCGGCAAGAUGCGCGCGCAGCACGGCCUCGCCGACGGCGCCUGCGGCGACUGCUGCGUCCACUUCUGGUGCGAGCAGUGCGCGCUCUGCCAGGAGUACCGGGAGCUCGUCGCCCGCGGCUACGACCCCAAGCUCGGCUGGCACCUCAACGUCGAGCGCGGCAACGCCGCCGCCCCAGCCGCGCAGCACAUGAGCCGUUGAUUAUACCUUCAUCCUGUCAUAUCAUGUUCUCUCUCUUUUUUUUCCGUAUCAUAUCAUUCAUUUCGAUCGUGUUCAUGUAUAGUUUUGUGU